UCCGGGUCACAUGCAUCUUCCAGGCCCUAUCGGCUCCGCUCUCUGCCGGCUGCCUGCCCGCCCGGGAUCUGCAGCGGCCCACGCCCCGCUCCUGGCUCCCGUUCCCUCCGCGCUGCCACCCGCUCUGCCGCAGGAAGUAGGUUCUAGCCACCAUGUCAAUUGAACGCAUCCAUGCCCGGGAGAUCCUGGAUUCCCGUGGUAAUCCCACGGUGGAGGUGGAUCUCUAUAUAGCCAAAGGUCUUUUCCGGGCAGCAGUGCCCAGUGGGGCAUCUACUGGCAUUUAUGAGGCACUGGAACUGAGAGAUGGCGACAAACUUCGUUACCUGGGCAAAGGUGUACAGAAAGCCGUGGAUCACAUCAAUAAUACCAUUGCUCCUGCACUGAUCAGUUCUGGCCUUUCUGUGGUGGAGCAGGAGAAGCUGGACAACCUGAUGUUAGAGCUGGAUGGGACUGAGAACAAAUCCAAAUUUGGGGCCAAUGCCAUCCUGGGCGUGUCUCUGGCCAUAUGCAAAGCUGGGGCAGCAGAACGAGAAUUGCCACUCUAUCGCCACAUUGCCCAACUGGCUGGAAACUCAGAUCUCAUCCUACCUGUACCUGCUUUCAAUGUGAUCAAUGGUGGCUCCCAUGCAGGAAAUAAGCUAGCAAUGCAGGAGUUCAUGAUCCUUCCUGUGGGAGCCGAGAGCUUCCGGGAUGCCAUGAGGCUUGGAGCCGAGGUCUACCAUACACUCAAGGGUGUCAUCAAGGACAAGUAUGGCAAGGAUGCUACCAAUGUUGGGGAUGAAGGUGGCUUUGCUCCCAAUAUCUUGGAGAACAGUGAAGCCCUGGAACUGGUGAAGGAAGCCAUCGACAAGGCUGGCUACACAGAAAAGAUCGUCAUUGGCAUGGAUGUUGCUGCCUCUGAAUUUUACCGUGAUGGCAAAUAUGAUCUGGACUUCAAGUCCUCUCCUGAUCCUUCUCGAUACAUUUCUGGGGACCAGUUGGGUGCCCUCUACCAAGGCUUCGUCAGAGACUACCCAGUUGUCUCCAUUGAGGAUCCAUUUGAUCAGGAUGACUGGGCUGCUUGGUCCAAGUUUACAGCUAAUGUGGGCAUCCAGAUUGUGGGUGAUGACCUGACAGUAACAAACCCAAAGCGAAUUGAACGAGCAGUGGAAGAGAAAGCCUGCAAUUGCCUAUUGCUCAAGGUCAAUCAGAUCGGCUCUGUCACAGAGGCCAUCCAAGCGUGUAAGCUGGCCCAGGAGAAUGGCUGGGGGGUCAUGGUGAGUCACCGAUCUGGAGAGACAGAAGACACCUUCAUCGCUGACCUGGUUGUGGGGCUAUGCACAGGCCAGAUCAAGACAGGGGCUCCAUGCCGUUCUGAGCGUCUGGCCAAGUACAACCAGCUCAUGAGGAUCGAGGAAGAGCUGGGAGAUGAAGCUCGAUUUGCUGGGCACAAUUUCCGCAACCCCAGUGUGCUGUGACCACUUUCUCUCCUGUGCUUCCCCCCCUCCAACUCUGCAAACUGUGACCUCUCACUUCCCCAAGCUGUGCCCUGGAGCCCCAAGCCCCUUGGAAUGUGUGCUGAUCCUCCCCCGUAUUCCUUCCCUUCCUCCCUCUUUCCCUGGCUUCUUCAGCCCCGGUUUCCCUUUGCCUUGGCCUUAUCUUUCAACUCCCUGCUCCGCAUUCCCCUGAAGAGUCUCUUUCCUGGGGUCAUACUGCUCUUAGCUCCCUACCCCUUUCUCCUUUUCCUUUCUCUCCUUUUUCAGAGUUGGAGAGGGGAAUGUGAGCUGCAGAAGAGGGUUAGCCUCCGUCAGGGGCUUAGCUUGGCUAUCAGGGUCAGUGAUGGGAUCAGGGUACAUUAUAGGAGAUGCUUGGAGAGGGGCUGAGAUAGGAGUUACACAUGCUCUCUGCUUGUGUGGGUGUGUUUUGGUUCUAGAUGGCCUCCAUCUUGCAUAUGUUCCAUGAAGUAUUACGUAUGCAUUCUAUGUGUCAUGUAUGCUGGAUGUGUGUUGCGUGUGUCUGGCAUGUUACUUCUGUUGGCAUAUGGGGCAGGGCCUAAUUUGAGGUUCUUUCUGUAAUAUUUAUUUAUUUUGUUUACUUAUUUAUUAUGUCCUUGGGACCCUAGGGAUUGAGCAUGUCUUGUCACAGGGGCUAUUUUUCCAUGUCUCAUUCAGCUUUGUACCAUAGUGGGUAAGGAGGUAUAGCAGGAGUGGGAAGGGUCAAAGGAAAUGUCCUAUGCUUUACCUCCUUUGUGUGUGGGGACCCCUCCCCCCCAGCUGGAGAUCCCUCCCUAGCCCUAAAUCCCCAAGUUCUUCCCUAGACUCCCCCAUCUUUUCCCCAGCUGUAGCAGAGCCAUGCCUCUCCCUCCCCCACCCCAUUGCCACCUACCUGAGUCACCACCAUCUCCAUGCUCCCCACAAUUACCACUGUCAUUAAAGUCUGAAUCACA